GCUGCUGUGGCUGCAAUUCUCCGCUCGGCCGCAGGGGGCGACUCCUCUCAGUCUGAACAAGUUUUACGGAAUCUCUGACGUGUCAAAAUGUCGCCAUUUUCCUGAGGAAGGAAACGCCUUGAAGGAAGAAAACAAAUCAACUGAGUUUUUGAAAUUUGUACAGGUUUUUUCAUCAGAAGUAGGUUCCCAUCAGCAGCAGCCAUGGGGAACAUAUUUGCAUCGCUCUUUAGUAUGUUUGGGAAGAAGGAAAUGAGGAUACUCAUGGUGGGUCUGGAUGCUGCUGGAAAGACAACGAUUCUGUACAAGCUUAAACUUGGAGAGAUUGUGACUACCAUUCCCACAAUAGGUUUCAAUGUUGAGACAGUAGAGUACAAGAACAUCAGUUUCACGGUGUGGGAUGUCGGUGGUCAAGACAAAAUUCGACCACUGUGGCGUCAUUACUUCCAGAACACACAAGGUCUCAUCUUUGUUGUGGACAGCAACGACAGAGAGCGAUGUGCUGAGGCUCGAGAGGAGCUCUUGAGAAUGUUGGCAGAGGAUGAGCUGAGAGAUGCUGUGCUUCUAGUGUUUGCCAACAAACAAGAUCUGCCAAAUGCUAUGAAUGCAGCAGAACUCACAGACAAAAUGAAUCUUCACGCCUUACGCAACAGGAAGUGGUACAUCCAGGCAACCUGUGCCACCACUGGAGACGGACUCUAUGAAGGACUAGACUGGUUGUCUAGUCAGCUCCAGAAGCAAUAAUGAUCAUAGAAUUUCUUGAAACUAAUCUACUCCAGCCAGUGCGCUCUACUUUUAUGGCCAAUUCAUGCUUUCCACAUCUGUGUAUACAGGCAAUAAAUGGACUGUGGAUGCGGCUGUGUUCAUAUUGCAACAGGUCCACAAGGGUCUGCUGUGCAGCUGGUUGCAUCUCCCACAUGGGGAAACAGCAGCUGGUUACAGAUUUUGCUUCAGCACUGUGACUGUCCCUAAGGUGUGCGGUGUGUAAACAGAGCACAGGAUUUCCUUACAAAAGUGUCUCCUCAGAGCAAACAUUUGUUUUGGACAGUUCAGACCUCUGCAGAAUUGUGUGGAUGAUCAAAUUUCCAUCACGCUUACCCUUGCACAUGUGGACAACAUGAAUUGGCCUUAAAGGUGUUGCACUACUGAGCUACUCUGUACUGAGAGCUGCCCUCACCUUCGCUUUUAUCAUGACAAACACGCCGGCCUGUGGUUGGGGGGAAUAUUUUCUUGUAAGGCAUUUUUUCCUCUUUUUUUAAGAUGUAACUGUAAAUAUAAUUGGUAAUGGGGCAGGUUAAUGCACUCUUUAAAAGCCUACUGUGGUUAUUUCUUUUUGUAUUUCUAUUUUUCUGUUUCUCGGCUGUUAGACAGCCAUGUGUGCGCUGAAAGAGAGACGGGAGGCGAGAAAUUUACCAGCACAUUGGCCCCAGGACCUCAAUGCAAUCUAAUGACUUAUUUUCUGGUCACAUGUACCAUAAGGUGUGAUCAUUCAGGGGCUUUUCAUUUUCAAAGAACUAAACUAUACACUGAUGCACUACUUGCAGCCACUAUGGUUAGUUUUGCCGAUGACAACAUGUACCAGCCCCUCAAACUGCCCUUUAGUCAGCACUGGCAUUGACUAUUUGUACUCUGUUCUGACAUCACUCCUGUCAGUGAACCAUACCAGCCUUUGUUGUAGAGUUUGUUGGCCUGAAUUGAGAGAUAUAGCAGCGGCCUCACAUCUACCUGCUCUGUUGUAUUUGGGAAGGCAGUGUGUCGAGUGGAAUUUUGUAUUUUUAGAGUCUCAGGUUAAUCGUGUGCUGCCUUUGCAAUACUAAUUUUUAGGGAAAACUGCAUGAUGUGUUAGUCUUUAAGGGCAUGCACAUCUACUAGGUGUUAGUCAUUAGGCAGCAAUGGAACUAUUACCCCACAAGUCUUGAACUGUUUGAUUUUGUGUACUGAGAGGUAACCAUAAGGAGCUGCUGAGUGUCCUCACUAAAGGCUCAGUGGUGUUAUGCCUUUUUGUCAUUUCAAUGGCAAUACAAAAUCAACAACAUCUUUUAUAUGGUGCCAGAAUUUCCUUGUUUGCAGCACAUUUUCCUUGAAUAAAGAGGAGGCGACACAACUGCCUUUUUAUUCAAGACACAUUGCCUCUUACUUCCCAUAAUAAUUUCUAAAAGGUGUGGGUGUGACUUUACUUGUGGCUGUAUUGAACAUUUUAUGGUUUAUCGUUGCCUGAAUGUUAUAUUGACAUCUUAAGAUGAUCUACAUUUUUAUGUAAAGCCUUUGCUUUGUGUGGGGAAGAAUACAGUGUAAUUAAAGUGACUGGAUACAAAA